UCUUCUCUGCUGUUCACAUGACCAGUUUAUUUGACCCCAUGACCAGCGCUUCGCAAUCUACAUCCCCGACCCUGGACAUGCUCGAUGGCUCGUUAGACUCAGAGAAAUCUUCCUUACACGAGCCCAAGAGUUCUGAUCCAACACAAGUCUCACCAGAACCAGAGACUGUGACAGUAACUGUGUCGACUGUUGGCGACGAACAUGGACUAGUCGGCCAGCAAACCAAUUCGCCCUUUGUAGCUGACCCAAAUGCUAUUCAAUUCCAAUAUAGGCCUGAUAACAAUGGACAAGUUCAGAGCGCAGGCUUUGAGGGAAGCGGCCAGCAGAUUCGUGUUGUUCACGUUCAGCCCGCCGAAGCGGUAGGAGAACGAGUCGAUGGCACAGGGACGCCUACAAGCUUUGUAACUCAACCAGCUCAAGUCCAUGCCCAGACAGUGAUUCAAAGUCCCUUCAGCAAUGGCUCGUCGCCUACACAUCAUUCCGAUCCUGAUGCCUCGACAGAUGCAAAUCGAUUUACGUACUUUCACUCUCAAGCUGAUGCUACAGGAGGUGGGAAUGUCGUUCAAGCAGGAACGGGUGAACCGAUGGACUCCAACAACACAUACGCUGUUCGAAGUAUUCCCGUUUCACUCCAACAGCCUUCUUCACCUUCUCAACUAACUGGUACAAUUACCAUGGCUGAAGCCCAGACGAUUACUACAGUUGGGACUGCGGCAGGUGGUUUCUACGUAAUGAUGUCGCCUCAAGAGGUCAUGCAAACUGGAACUCAAAGAACUAUCGCGCCGAGAACCCAUCAAAUAGGAAAUAAACUUGAAGGAACUCGAGGAAGAGAUGACAAAAGACGUGAGACUCACAACGAAGUUGAAAGGCGCAGGCGUGAUAAGAUAAAUGGUUGGAUAUCUAAGCUAGCUAAAGUUGUACCAGAUUGUGCCUGUGAUCAGACAAAAGCAGGACAGAGCAAAGGUGGAAUAUUGGCUAAAACAGUAGACUACAUUAAUGAAAUUAGAACAGCCAAUACCAGAAUGGCUGAAACAAUCAAAGACAACGAACAGUUAGGCAUCGAUAUGGAGCUACUACGACAACAAAAUGAAGACCUUCGACAAGAAAAUGUUAUCCUCCGUGCUCAACUCCAGCAACAUGGUAUUGAUCUUGGUGCUAUCGUAUCAAUAGGACAGCCUACAAAUCAGGGGGCUCCUACAGGACAUUCAAGUGUUUAGACUGAGAGGAACGUUACUAUAGUGAUAGCAUUUAUACAGCCUUGUUCUUGCAUGCUUUUAAAUAAUCAGGAAAGAAUGACAUAACUUUUUCUUUUACUAAGCUCUUAAAGUCUGAAUACUUAGUACUGGCUUUUAUGAAAUAAGCCAUUUGCAUACUUAAAACAUACAUUGAAAGUUUUGCUCUAGUACUACUGGCAUUGAACACUUCCCAGUUCUUUGAAGGAAUUUACACAAGUCAAUUCAAAUUCAUAAAAACUUUGAAAUGGAUAAUUAAACCCCUUUUUUUUCAGCAGUUCAAUGCCUUCACUCUUGGAGUAUAAACUAUUAUAUUAUUACAAGUUUAUAUUAUCUUGUUCCAGUGUCAUUUUGAAAGUUUUCUUCACAAUAAGCUAGUGAAACAAGUGGUCAGUUUACAUAGGUGAAAUGCCAUUGGCAAACAUUU